AUAAUUGAAUAUUUUUAUGUUGUAGAAAAUCGGAUUUUGACAUCCUUAUUAGACUCUUCUUUUUUUUUUUUUUUUUUUUUUUUUUGAGUGGCUACAAACACUGUCAUCAUGAACGGACAAAAUAACUACAGUCACUUCGGGAGUUUCAUUUCAAAUUCUGAAACGAUAAAUAAUGAUCUUGGACUCCAAAUUCCGAUUGUGAAUGUAUCUCCGAUUGUGUAUGGAAAUCGUCAAGUUUCUAAUCGAAGUGCUAGUUAUUCAUCAUCCAACGGUUAUUUGUCAAGAGAUUCGCCGUCAAGUUUAAGUCCACCAGAAACAGGAUCGUCAAACAGGAGUUCGUUUUCUUAUAGUAGUGAAAUAUCUCAAGACGAUUUUUUUAUGGACUCAUUAGUAAAUGGUAUUAUUGAAGGCGUCACUUUUGAUGAAGAUGUAUUAUCAUCUGAAGUUAAACUAGCUUCUUCUAAUGACCCUCAAAAUCAUUAUUGUCGUGAUGGCACAGUUUCGUUUUAUGAAAUUUCUUCAACAAUGCAGCAAAAAAACUCAAAUGAAAUGACUGAUACGUAUCUAUUACCGAUGGCAUCUUCGCCAAAUAUAUUUUUCAAUUCACCGUUGCUUCAACUUCCUUCAAGAAUAAAUCCAACUCCAUCUUUACUUUCAUUUUGUAAUAUACAUCCAGAUAACGCCAUAAUGUAUUGUUAUACGUGCCCAGCAAUAAUGUGUGACAUGUGUCAGAUGAAUGUUCAUGAUUGCCACUUGACAAUGGAAUUAGCCAAAGCAUCUGAAGUUGCUGAAAACCAAAGUAAUCAAGCUUUAGAUGAGAUUGAAGGCUAUAUUUCAAUUAUAGAAUCAAACAUACAAAAGCUUUCGAAAUCCUCCAAUGAUAUUAGUUACAAGGCAUAUAAAGUUAAACAAAAUGUUUCUUCGAAUAUAAAGCAAGUAGUUAAUGCUGUGCUGGAACGCGAAAAAGAACUUUACUUGCACAUUGAAGAAAUAAAAACUGCGAAGCAAACAUUUAUAAAAUACCAACAAGAAAUUUUGAGAAACACUGUGGGUCAGUUAAUGAGGAUAACUAAGGCAAUAUCUGAAGCUAAGAAUUAUCUUAACAUCAGUGGAAAUCCAGAAAAUCUUAUUGCCGUUAAAGAAAAAGCUUCUGUUGAGAUAUCAAAAAUCAAAUCCGAAGGUUUAAUCUAUGCACAAUUAAAAGAUCAUUGGUUAUCGUUUUCUGGAUCGAUCGAUAGCCUUCUUGAUGCAAUUACUCAAUAUGGAACAGUCAAAACAAGCCCUAUGGGAUCAAUUGGUGAUGGUAGGGCUCUGAAAGGUCGUGGUAAUUCACCUCUUUUAAUUCAACCAUAUCAACAGCAAUAUAGACAACACCACCAUCAGCAACAGCAACAACGACAACAACAUCAACAUCAACGCUACCAUCAGCAGCAACAACAACAACAGCAACAGCAACAGCAACAACAACAACAACAACAACAACAACAACAACAACAACAACAACAACAACAACAACAACAACAACAACAACAGCAGCAACAACAACAACAACUGCAGCAACAACAACAACAACAACUGCAGCAGAAAAAACAACAACAACAACAACAACAACCACAACUGCAAAGGUACCAAGAUCAUCAAUUUCAGUUACCACAACAAAAUUCGUAUAAAGUUGUGCUUCAAUAUUAUACCGGGUCUCUGUCACCUGAAAGAAAUGUUGCGUCUACGAAUGUUCCAGUGGUUGUAAAAAUUAGGAAAGAUUCACCGUCGCCUAACCCAGUCUUAACUAUUGGUGAUGAAGGCGAAAAAGACAAUAAUUUAUGUCGUCCUUGGGGCAUUGCUUGUGAUAAAGAAGGAAAUAUUAUUGUUGCUGAUAGAUCGAAUAACCAAAUUAAAGUAUACGAUCAAAAUGGCAACUUUAUAAGGAAAUUUGGAACCCGUGGAAGUGGUCCAGGGCAGUUUGAUAGGCCCGCAGGUAUUGUUGUUGAUAAACGCAACCGUGUUAUUGUAGCAGACAAGGACAAUCAUCGAAUUCAAAUUGUAUCAAAAUACGGUGACUAUUUAUUAGCGUUCGGUGAAAAAGGAAUGAGGAAUGGUCAAUUUAAUUAUCCAUGGGAUGUAGCAGUUAAUACACGUUGUGAUAUAGUUGUAUCCGAUACACGGAACCAUCGUAUUCAAUUAUUCAAUGCAGAGGGUGAGUUUCUCCGUAAAUACGGUUUUGAAACAAUGCAGCUCAUGUGGAAGUUGCUGGAUUCACCAAGAAGCGUUAGUUUUACUCCUAAUGGCGAUAUUCUUGUAUCAGAUUUUAAUAAUCACCAUAUAGUUAUUAUUGAUUAUCAACUUCAAAAAGCUAAAAUAUUUGGUCCCGAAAAGAGAGCGCAUCCGUUUUUAAGAAUACAAGGUAUGAAGGUUGAUGAUUUUGGAAACAUAGUUAUUGCUGAUUCGCGUAAUAAUAGAAUACAGGUGUUAGAUUCAGAAGGUAAUCUUAAAUGUAAAUUUGGAAGUGUGGGAAAAGGUGUAGGUCAGAUGGAUCGCCCUGCUGGUAUUGCGUUAUCUCCCGAAGGCCGAAUUAUAGUUGUUGAUUUCGGUAACAACCGAAUCUUGGUAUAUUAAAAAGCAAUUUAAUAAAUUUCAAUUCCCAAAGAGGAAGUAAAA